AUGGAUCAUACCAGGAGCCAAAACUCAACCGAGCAAGUAUUGCAGCAGGUCCAUGUAGCUUCUCCGCCAGUCCGGUUUCUCUCUGGAGUUUUCCGUCGAGCAACGACAUCAAUUAGGAGCAGAACACCAUCAACUUUAUCAACACCUCCAGCUCAAUCUGAUCAGAUCUCGAACGUGCAACCUACGUCUUCUAAACUAGCUGGAACCAGGGCUCGAGCUGUAUCUGAUGGAACAAAAUCGGCACAUAAUAGGCUCGGGAAAAAUCUAGCCAAUGUCAAAGAUAUGCCGGAUGAUAUUAUUAUAAACAGUAGUAAUAGUCUCACUGUGCCGUCUGAACAGCCUUCCAGACUCGAAACUUCACGAUCGGAGAGUCAGAGCACUCAUUUUGGAUCCGAAUCUACUACACGGUCGACAUCACGGCUAUCUUCACAUGGAUCUUAUACAAAUUCAACUGUAUUAGCAGAUGACGACCCCUACUUGCAACAAGUAAUGGGUAUGGUUACAAAACACCAUCUAGAAAAACAAAAGGAUGUACGAAGGCAGCAGACUGUUCAACCAAUAAUACAGGCAGAGCCGCCAUCUCCUACUAGAGAUACCAGUAUUGAUACAAAUCGUACGGACCUUGUCGCUAGAAGAGUGAGUGUUGCAAACACCUCGAUUUCUUCUGUAUUUGAACCUGGUGUGUGGUCUGCCUCCAAUUCCCGUGGUACAUCGGAAUCUGAAGGGCCAGAACCCGAUUUAUUAGUUGGACUGAGCGCUCCAUCUCUCGAAACCGUCGAACGAUCCAAAAAAGCAAAACAGUUAUUGGCUAGAAGGUAUCAUUAUAUAGAACAGAUGCAAGCUGAGGAUAUACGGUAUAAUCCAAUAGCAGCGGUCCGAUUGAGGCAGCAAGCUGAAAAGAGUACAUUACCAGGCAAAAAUUGGAAACGCCGCACCACUCACUUUUGGGACGCAACAAACGCAGAUCUAGCUGAUUAUCAUACGCACUAUUUUGGCCAGACAGGUGAGGAGAGACGUCAUGAGUCGGCUCAUCACGAUAUAGGCCGACCUCUAGUCAAGGAAACAACUGCUCAGUGGACGGCUGAACAGUCCAAGAUAUUUGGAACGUCGUACUCCUCAUCAGAUAUGCCAACGUCAACAACCAAUGAUCCAGAAUCAUAUAGACCACUCAGGCAACCACUAAGGCCAUCACAGACGCAUGCCUCAUUCGCAGCACAACCGAACAGAGACAGUGAGGAUACCGGACCGUCGCUUUUGUAUCAGUUUUUGACGGAUCAACUGCCGGGAGAGACUCAAACAGAGCAGUUUUCUCAAUAUAUCCCCAACGUGCCAUCAGACCACCUGCAGAUUGCAGAAGCAAAUUAUUUGACAAUAGAUAAGAAGCCGCGGUCUUUGAGUGAUAUGAGUGCUCGAUCACAUGAAUUCAAAGAGCCCAAAAAUAUUCUUCAUUUUGGUAGUUGGGGUAAGAAGAAUGGUAAUAGAUACUCUACGGCCUCGUCUGGAGAUCCACCAUCGUUGUCGGACCAUGAACGAGAUAGUCACCACCUUCGGUCCGAAGUCGAAUCAGAAGAUGACCAUAAAUCGAACGUUAUGCAAAAAGUAUUGAGACAAUUCCGUAAAAAGCCGAAACCUAAUGACGAUAAUGCUGCCUCGCCUCGUAGUACCAUAAAUAGUGGCGGAGACGCGGAUCAUUCACCACUGUCUUCUGGUCAGGGAAGGCCGUCACCUUUGCCAGGCCAAAGUCCUGUGUUUCCUACAGAGUCUGAAGGAGGAGAUGCUGAUUCUAGCAAGGGACGAAGGUCUAUUAGUCAACCACCACCGUUUAAACGGAAUGAUAUCGGUGCAAGUGCAGCAGAUGAGACGACGAUGGCUCCGAUAAUCGUGACUACCGAAGCAUCACCAACUAUAGAGACCAGCCCGUUAAAUGAUGAGGUUGUUAAACAGGAUGUAAAAGCAAAGGCCAAGUUUGGACAUAAUCGAAAUGGCUCAGCUGGCAUUCUUAAACAGUUAGCUCUUCCUAAACGGCCACCUUCAAUCACCUCGUCAAAUGAUCCAGAAACUCCGACCAGUGCAGGAUUUCCAGACUUUAUGACCCCACCACGAAGCAAGACUGUAACCUCAACAAAGACACAAGCCUCAUCGUCAAAUACUCCAGAGCAGUUUGGGACUAGCCCUAUGCCACCUCUAUAUCCCAGACCUCCGAACUCUGUAUCUGCAGAUGAGUCAGUAAAGUCAAACAAGUUGAUGAGUCGUCAACGUUUAUUAAAGAAGAGAGCCACAACCGUAGAAGGAGGACUUGUUUUAGAUUAUAUGCAGUCAGAUGAUCAUGACGAUGUUAACGAAAAUCGUCAACGUCGUCGUAAGAAGAAUCAACAUCAACGUAAAAGUCGCCGUAGUAGCAUGAUUGAUGAAGGCACAGACAUCUUGGGAUUGAAUCGAGCACGAGACAUUUUGGAUACGUUUAUUCCUGGCAAAGUAGCCAAAAGAUUAUCUGUAGACUCGGAUCCGCUAAGUCCGAGCAGUAAAUCAGACGUGGUGGCCACUGUUGAUAGUGGUAUGAAAUCUUCACCUUCUGACCCAGACUUGCCUGAACGGAUGGCAAAUCACAUACGCGCUCGAACAAUGAGCUCGAACAUGCAGGAGGAUGCGCAAAUGACUGUGGAAGAAAAAGAGUACGUAUUUGUCACAGGACUGAAGAAAGCUACUGCCAUCGACUUCUUUGACGAAAUUUUCUUGCGCAGGCUAUUUGCCGCUUUUGAGUGUCUGGAUAAACGAAUCGAAGAUUUGAACACGCUGAUGGAUAAAGCGAAGGCAGAUUUACAGGUUCAGAUUUUGCAAGAAGAAGACUUGCUCGCACAAUUGUCAUCCACAGCACCUCCAGAUCGUACGCCAUCCAUGGCCCCUCUACAUAGAGCCGAUACCAACAUGUCUCAACUGUCUGAACCAAAUUCUCCAUCAUCGCCCAGAAACAGUCGUACUUGGUUUGGAAACUUUUCAAAUCCGUCUCUCUUGUCAUUGGCUUCUGGAUAUCCAGUGUCAGCAACUACCCUCUCAUCGCCAACAUCUACAUAUGCUGAGCCAGAAGCAGAUAUUGGUACGGCCGACGAGGUCUUCUCACGGUCUCUCCUGCCGGAAGAGUUUAUGUUGGGCCGGUUCCAGGCGAUAACAGUUGACUUAGAAGAAUUGGAGGUGUCAGUGACGCGCAUCUCUCAGUCUCAAUCAUCGACAAGUGAGAGUGUAAGAGCAAUGCAAGAAGAGUUGGAGCAGCUCAGUAGGCGAAUGAAUGGCGAUUGGUCGGAACGCAUCAAAGCUGUUGAGUAUGGUGUCCAGAAAAUCCUUGUGGGACAUCGGGCUCUAGGCAUGUGGACUGAGAUAUAUUAUGUGCUGCUAGCAUGGGUAAUCUCCCUGAUAGGCUUUAGCUUUUGGUUUGGAUUUAAAGUAAAGCAAACCGGCCGUGCGAUUACUCGGACUGGGACACAUGCUUUGAAUUGGGUUUUCGGAGGGGAACCUUUACCAGAAGUCAAAUCUAGCUCUGCCAUUAAACACGUAAAGGUGGUAGAUACGUCACCUACCCUACCACGUGCUGAUCUGCCAGUGUCGAGUAGUGGUGGCAAUAUUCGCAGCCAAGUCCAACAGCCUGCGUUAUGGGUGUCGUAA